AAAGAUGGCCAGUUUCUGGCAUCCUAUCCCAGUGCGGGUCUUCCAGUCGGCAGGUCCAUGGCUGGCAGGCCUGUGCCCCCCGGACGCCAGGAGGAGGAAACUACCAAAGACCCUGGGCUGAAACUAUCACCGGUGAGGCCUCCAGGCCACCUGCCCAGUAUUGAUGAGGCCCGACUAGCAGGUCUGGGCCCGUCCUCCCGCCGUGGCUCUGUACUGGGCCCAGCCUCCUCCUUCUCACGUCGCAACUCGCUGGCAGGACCCGCCGCAGGUCCUAGGGGUCGGCGACCAUCUCUGGGCCCAGUGCCUCCUCUGGGCUCAAGGGUUAGCUUCUCGGGGUUGCCCCUGGCCCCCCUCCAUCGGCUGGCGCCCUCCUACCGCAUGGAGCCCGCGCCUGGGGAGCGCUGGGAGGCCAGCCGCAUGCAGCACUCGAUGGAAGCGACGCUGGCCGCCCGGCUGGGCAACGCGCACUACGCGGGUGCAGAGGCCGGGCCUCUGGCUCGCGAGCUGUGCGAGCUGGUGCGUGUGCGCCUGCGCGAACUCUGUCCCCCGCGCUACAAGCUCGUGUGCAAUGUGGUGCUAGGGCCGCGCGCCGGCCAAGGCGUGUACGUCGUUAGCCGUGCGCUCUGGGACACCGAGCAUGACGGGCUGGCCUCCGCGACCUUCACCAAUGCCUCCCUCUUCGCCGUGGCUGUAGUGCACGGGCUCUACUGUGAGUGA